AUGCGCACGCGAUGCCGGUGCCCGCAGAUGCCUGGCCUGCCAUCAACAUGGCUGACUUGGGUCUUGCUGCUGUCGAUAUGGCUUGUCCAGGUCCAGGCCAUGAGAGAAAGCCAAAUUCGGGAGCUCAGGAAAGAGUCUGAACACAUGUUCUACCAUGGCUUCGACAAUUAUAUGAAAUAUGCUUUUCCUGAAGAUGAGCUCCGUCCUCUCUCGUGCGGUCCUUUGACGCGUGAUCGCGAACAUCCGGAACAUAUCGAGCUGAACGAUGUCCUGGGGAACUAUUCGCUCACAUUGAUUGACAGCUUGUCCACCCUCGCGAUUUUGUCCUCCGGUGACAACAGUGGCUCAAGAGCUUGGAGACGUUUCCAGGAUGGCGUGAAGGACCUGGUGAGACUGUAUGGCGAUGGCUCGGACGGCCCUUCUGGGCAAGGGGAGAGAGCACGGGGAUUCGACAUGGAUAGCAAGGUCCAGGUUUUUGAAACUGUUAUACGAGGUUUAGGUGGUCUCCUCAGUGCCCAUCUUUUUGCUGUGGGCGAUCUCCCCAUUCGAGGCUACUCUCCUCCAGACGAAGAAGCUGCCUUUGCGAAAUCGUGGGACAAGAGCAAUUUCCCGCCAGGUCGUCACGGAAUCGUAUGGGAGAACGGGUUCGUCUACGACGGUCAGCUCCUCAGACUUGCGCGCGAUCUAGCUGAUCGCAUCCUUCCGGCCUUCUACACAAAAACCGGACUUCCUUAUCCCCGCGUGAAUCUCCGAUAUGGUAUCCCGUUCUAUCCGAAUUCCCCUCUCAAUGCGGGCACUCAGCAUGGAAAUGAGAACACCGAAUCCGACGCAAUGGGUCCCCAGUCCGAGCCGGAGAUCACAGAGACAUGCAGCGCUGGCGCUGGCAGUCUUGUUUUGGAAUUCACCACCUUAAGUAGACUAACUGGUGACGGUCGCUACGAAGAGCUUGCGAAGCGAGCCUUUUGGGCUGUCUGGUUUAGAAGAAGCGAGAUUGGCUUGAUCGGGGCUGGCAUUGACGCAGAGACGGGAAAAUGGGUAACUCCAUACACCGGGAUUGGUGCGGGAAUUGACAGCUUCUUUGAAUACGCUUUCAAGUCCUAUAUUCUCCUAUCAUCUGGAGAGCGCCCUGGUUUUGAUCCUCACAGUCCCUGGAGUGCUUUGGACAAUUAUUACCUGCCCCUCAGUGAGGAGCAUCACUCUGCUGAGGCCUUUCUUAAGGUCUGGCAGGAUGCCCACGCUUCGAUUAACCGUCAUCUUUAUCGUGGACCCGGGUACCAGCAUCCUCAUUUCGUACAGGGGGACAUUUAUACUGGCGCCACGAGAGCCUUCUGGAUUGAUAGUCUCAGUGCUUACUAUCCGGGUCUUCUCACCCUAGCUGGAGACAUUGAGGAGGCCACUGAAAUCCACCUGCUGGCCACCGCUGUGUGGACGCGCUUUUCUGCCCUUCCAGAACGAUGGAACGUUGCCACUGGAAACGUGGACAACGGCCUUGGAUGGUGGGGUGGACGGCCCGAAUUCAUCGAGUCGACCUACUAUUUGUAUCGAGCCACCAAAGAUCCCUGGUAUCUCCACGUGGGUGAGAUGGUCCUCAGGGAUAUCAAACGGCGAUGUUGGACUAGAUGUGGCUGGGCUGGUCUCCAGGAUGUUCGGAGCGGUGAGCUGAAUGAUCGUAUGGAAAGCUUUUUCCUAGGAGAAACAGCCAAGUAUAUGUUCCUCCUGUAUGAUCCGGCCCAUCCUCUCAACAAUCUUGAUGCACCCUGGGUUUUUUCGACUGAGGGACACCCUCUCAUUCUUCCGAAGAAUGGGCCAAGGGGAGGCUUUCACCGCCAGAAAACGGAGCAGUCAGUCGCAGAACCCUUGGUUACUGGAGUGUGCCAGACCGCUCCUCCUUCUCCUCCCCUCGGUGUUUCUUCGACUGCAGCACGCUCAGACAUCUUCCAUGCUGCAAGCCUGGCACGGUUGCACUUGAUGCCAAGUCGAGGCGAAGCGGAAGGUGCCAUACUCGAAUACGCUGCCGAUCAUCCAAGUGUCACACUGUCUGAUCUGUUUUCGCCCUCCAACUACACCUUCUACCCAUGGACAUUGCCCCCAGAGUUGGUGCCAUUCAACGCGACGAGUUCGCCCAUGGCCAUCCGUCCUACCUUGGACAUUUCCUUCCCUAAUCUGCCCGGCAUGGUCCUCGGACUAGGGUCUCUGGAACGUGUACGGGACGGGGUUUUGGUCAAAGCCAUCGGGGGACUGAGAUUAGGGAUGGUCCAGGAUGUGCCUCUGGAAGUCUCGUCAUCCUCGUACGCAGAGGGUUUUCGAAUCCAAGUGGUCAACAAUUUGCCACUCGGCAGGGAUGAGAGGGUAUAUCUAUCGCGCGAGAUUACAUUUGAUGUUCUAAAUCCUAGCGACCCGAACUUCACUCGUAUCCGCGAUCCUGUCAUGUUGGAUAUUGUCAUCGACGUUGAGCCAGAGCUCUUCAACAGAGGAAAUCGUACAAGUGCGUCCUCGGACCAUGCUGCAACUGAACGACGAGAACCCCUUAUCCACGAGCACACCUCGCUUGGCUCUUCAGAUGACAAACUUGGCAGUGCGUACUCACAUGGUUCCAACAUGAAAACGGCACUCUCGGCGCUGAUGAACCACGUAUCCUCCAUUCUCCGUGAUGAUGUCCAGCCCUCAGCGCUGGGACUCUCGCAGUCUAAGGAUAAACCUGCCCGAGUUUCCCUUCCAGCGAUCACUUCAGUUGGUCCAGGCUCUGCGCCGCUUCCUGAUGUUGAGGAGGCGUCCAUUUUUGGAUAUUUGGGCAAACCCUCCUUGGAGCGCUUGACAUGGUCAAGCAUCUACCUAGCUGAUGAGAUAUGCGACUACCGGCUUCCGCUUGAGGUGGUACGCAAUUACCAGGUGCUGGUCAUCAAACGUGGUGGUUGCACCUUCUCCCAGAAGUUAAGGAAUAUACCGGCAUAUCCGUCUUCGGGCUCCGCCCUUCAGUUCGUCAUUGUUGUCUCGUAUGAGGAAUCUGAAGAGAUAGCCGCCGCGAGCAAAUCAGGCAAAGACCUGAACAUGAAGCAGCGAUCCUUUGUAUCGACUGCCCCUCCCACCUCCCCGCUCUAUCCUGCUGCCGCCAUACUGGCAGAGCCGUUUUUGGUGCGUCCUCAUCUAGACGAGACCCAAGUCACUUCAGGUGGCGUCUCACGACGCAAUCCGAUCAGUAUGGUCAUGGUCGGUGGGGGAGAUGAUACCUACGCGCUACUGCGGAGUUCAACAGGCGUGGGCAUCAAGCGACGAUACAUGAUGCGCUCGCAGGGUGUGCCCAUCACCAAUCUGAGAAGAUUUGGCUUGGAGCUCUACAGAAUGCCUGACGGAACAGCGUCAGCAAUCUCCUCUGUCACAGGACAAGACGGCGUCAACGCGACGACAGCAGCUACAGCAGCUGCAAAUGCCAGAACUGUGGCUCAGGAUGCACUGGAUGAUGCUUCUGAGAGCACUCCCUCUACAAUACAGCGACCAUUAUAUUUUGCGUACGGUUCCAAUCUCUCCUACAGUCAGAUGAAGCAACGCUGCCGACACGACCCCGAAAAAUCAGGCAAACCUCUCGCGGUGGCCCGUCUGGACGGAUGGCGAUGGCUCAUCUGCCAGAGAGGGUACGCAAACGUCGUCCCACCGGAAGGGCUGCGGGUUGGUCGACAGAAAUCUGACGGGGAGAAAGUGCCUCUGUCAGGCGAGGAGGAUGCAGUAUUUGGCAUUUUGUACGACAUGACGCCCGAAGACGAAUAUCUGCUUGAUGGUUACGAGUGCGUCGACGAUGAUGCUCCCGAAAGCUCUCUUCACGGGGAAGUCGAUCGCAAGAUCCGACCCAGAGAGCAAGGGGAGGGGGCUUACAACAAGUGGUAUGUGCCUGCGACUAUCGUGAAAUGGCUUGACGACCGGAAAGAGACCAAAACCGUCACCGUUCUGGUCUAUGUCGACGAAAAACGUGUUUACGUAGGGCCCCCCAAGACCGAAUAUAUUGCUCGGAUGAAUCGCGCGAUCAGGGAGUCCGUUGGACUAGGAUUGCCUAAGGACUGGGUGGACAGUGUGAUGAGGAAGUUCAUCCCUGAAGAAUAG